UGGAACACGCCACGGAUCUGUGGGGUUUUCCAUAAAAGAAGCCAGCGUGGUCUUGUGAUGUUUUAGUGAACUAGGAGUGACUGGGCCAGGUUUCAGGCGUGCUGCGGAAUCACCUGUGCGAUGGACUUCCGUGUUAUUGCGUGUGCCUUCUUCCUCCCACUGCUGCUGGGCCUCUCACAUGCAGAGCAGGUGAAGUUUAUUGACUGUGGCUCAGUUGUUGGAACUGUGAAGGAGGUGAACAUUACUCCCUGCCCAAGUCAGCCAUGCCAGCUUCACAAGGGACAGUCCUACACUGUAAAUGUGACCUUCAUCAGCGCGACUGACAGUCAGACAAGCAAAGCUGUGGUCCAUGGCGUGAUCGCUGGUGUCCCUGUUCCCUUUCCAAUCCCUGUUGAUGAUGGCUGCAAGUCUGGAAUCCAUUGCCCUAUUCAGAAGCAAAACACCUACAGUUAUGUCAACCAGCUUCCUGUUAAAACGGAGUAUCCAUCAUUAAGACUGGUUGUGGAGUGGGAACUUGGAGACGACUCCAGUAAAGAUUUGUUCUGCAUCAAAUUUCCUGUCCAGAUCGUCAGCUGAAGAUCUAUGCCAACUCCACCAAAGGAAACCUCGAAAGGGAUAUUGUGGUUUUUAUGAAUUUAAUUUUUUUUUAAAGAAAUGAUAUAUAAAAUCUGUUUUUAUAUUUUUUUCUAAUUACUAAUGAACUCCUUUUAAACUGAGGAAAUAUUUAAUGAUUUAUUAUAGUCAGUAAUUGAGUUAAUGUUUUAAGUGAUCAAUGUUAAUGAUCAAAAGAACAUCUAAAUACAUUUUCCUGGCUUCUGUGGCUAACCAGUGGUAACCCAGACUUUCUACACUAAAGUGUCUAAUUUUAAUAUUGAAGUUAUGACGAAUACAAAUAUUUUACAAGCAUGUCUAUCUGAAAUAAAGAUCAUUUUAACUUGGGUUGCUCAAAAUUGUGCCAUGAGUGCAGGUGUCUUCGUCACUCUGCACUGUAAUGUGUUUUUAGUUUUCUCUUGCUCAUCGGUAAUGAUUAGUAACUUUUUGUACAUGUGAUUAUGGUGAUCCUAAGCCAGAUUAAUUUUUCUUCUUGAAAUAAAAUCCAAAUACAGUAACAGA